CCUGUACUUUUGCAAAACAUAAAUCUUUUACUGAGCAUGGCAGCGCGCGCUACAUCCCGCAUGAUCCAGGCCAGGCCGGCCGCCGUUUUCCACCGCCGACGCGGCUUCGUGCCGUGCUUGGUCGAGGCGCCACAGCUGACCUUGUCAAGAGAUGCUCCUCAGUGGGAGAUGCCACACAACGUUUGGGCGCCUGACAGCCUCAACGGUGUUCGGGUCACCGCGAUGCAGCCACAUACCCUGGCAGACCGCAUGGCCUACGUCGCUACAAGGGCCAUUCAAGAAGUCCUGGACCUGGCUUCGGGCUUCAAGUUCCAUCGAGAGCGCGCAUGGUUGAAACGUUUGCAGCUGCUGGAGAUGGCAGCAACAGCGCCUUUUACCUUCAGCCGCAUGGCAUUGGAGCGCCCCAUGGCGUCCCAAACGCAUUUGGAUCGUAGUUGGCUUCAAGCCCUGUCACAGCAGUCGAAGCAGGCAGUCACACAUCUGUCCAUGGUUGCCGCAGCACGGGGUACUGUUUUAACCACACCAUCAAAGUGGAAUGGCAUGGCCUAUGCCUUCGGUAUGGGCUAUCUUCUUUGGCCUCGCUUUGGCAAAUGGUGUGUGGAUCAUUCACAGGAAGCAUUGAUCCGGGUUUAUGCCGAGCUGCUGGAAGAAAUGGAUGCUGGUGAGUUGCCAGAGCUCAGAAGUAUGCCAGCGCCUGAGCUGGCCAUUCAACACUAUGGGCUUUCUGCUAGGGCCUCUCUUCGAGAUGUAAUCGAGAAGAUUCACUUGGACGACAGGCUUUUGCGAUAAGGUCUCGUUGAUGGGCAACGAUGACGCUGAGGGAGUUGUCCAAGUUGCACUUUGGGACUCUUUGUGUCGAUCUCGUCGGGUAUAUAUU